AUGGCCGUUGAGUUUCAGGGUGGUGUGGUCAUUGGAGCGGAUAGUCGUACCACCAUGGGUUCUUACAUCUCCAACCGUGUUACUGACAAGUUAACUCCAGUUCAUGACAAAAUAUAUUGUUGUCGGUCUGGAAGCGCAGCAGAUACCCAAUUUAUCGCUGAUCUCGUCCGUUAUUACUUACAGAUGUAUGCAGUUCAACAUAACGAACCUCCAUCAGUACAAACUGCAGCCGCCUUAUUCCAAGAGUUGUGUUACCAGAAUAAGGAUUAUCUACUAGCUGGAAUUAUUGUUGCGGGAUGGGAUAAACACAAUGGUGGUACUAUAUAUAGUAUUCCGAUAGGUGGUUCAUUGCAUAAGCAGCCAUUCACUAUUGGAGGCAGUGGAUCAUCGUUCAUUUAUGGUUAUUGUGAUGCUAACUUUAAGAAGAAUAUGUCACAAAAUGAAGCUGUAGAAUUUGUGAAAAAUGCUGUUACCUUGGCCAUGUCACGAGAUGGUUCAUCAGGUGGAUGCGUUAGAAUUGCUAUUAUCACAGAGGAUGGUAUAGAACGACUUUUCUUCCCCGGAAAUGACUUACCAGAAUUGGCGAAAGAGGUAUACAUUAAAGAAGGUCUUCGUCCACCAACCAUAUCAGAAAUCUCGCAAGCUUUUUCGAAUUUACAAUCUAUCCGACUAAGAGAUUUCAUGGAAAUAGGGCUUAGAGAUGCGGCUAGAAUUGCUAUACGAUCAGUGGAAGUUUUUGGAUUCUUUGCACUUGGCGAAAUUAUUGGAAGGAGAAGUCUGAUUGGAUAUAAAUACUGA